CCCUCCAUACUCAUCACUCUGUCGACAUGGGAGAAGGACAACACCACCACAGGCCAACACUAAAGCAGCAAAAUAAAUCAUUCAAAUCUAAGCACGCAACAAAAUCAUCGCUCAAGGAUGCCGCAAAAGGUCGUGUGGCUCGUCAGUCACCAAAGGUUGUCGUGUCGUCAAAUACAGCUGCGCAAGCAAGAUUGAACCGGAAAAACAACGCGAAGCAACAACAGUUGAAGAAAAGAAAUGCACUCAUUUCAGCAACCCGUGUAUUCAAUGGUGUCGACGGUGCACCUCGGAUAGUUGCUGUCAUUCCCCUUUCAGAGGAUGUAAAUGUCCAUACCAUCGUUUCUGCUCUUGCGGAAACUCUGGAUGUUUCGACCGAUGGCUUUGUAGAAGGGGGACUCUGGAAAAUGAGGGCGGACCGCUUUAAAACAUCAUUGCAGUUCAUCAACGUACCGUACAGACACAUAUAUGCCGCCUUAGACGCGUGCAAAGUGGCUGACUACGUUGUCUUUGCAUUGUCAACCACCGUCGAAGUCGAUGGCUGGGGUGAUACCCUCCUCCGUACUCUCCAAGCCCAGGGAUUACCGGACGUCGUAACCGUGGUCUCUCCCGAUUCUUCAGUUGACGCCAAAACACGUCCAGGCAUCAUCAAGUCCUUGCUCUCCUUCAUUCAAUAUUUCGUUCCUGUUCAAUCAAGAGUAUUCGACUUGGAAUCCAGCUCUGAUCGUUUGAAUGCUUUGAGGGCCUUGUCAGAGGGCAAGCCUUCCGACGUUCGGUGGCGAGAAGGUCGGUCUUGGGUGCUCGGUGAACACCUAACCUGGAACGAAGGCACUUUACAGGUCACUGGUGUAGUUCGUGGUACUAGUAUGUCUCCUAAUAGGCUCGUUCACAUACCGAACUUCGGAGAUUAUCAAAUUUCUAAGAUCAUGUCGGCACCACUACCUCGACAUUCGAAGUCAAAUCAUGCUUCCAUGGAUAUCGAGCCAGUUAAUCUCGCCGAACCCGACGCCUCAUCAGCCGAUUCAUUGGUGUCUUGCAAUGACCCGGACGAUAUGGCCAACGAACAAACAUGGCCUACCGAAGAGGAGAUGAAUGGUGCUCCCGGAGACGACGGCGAGUAUAGCUUACCUGAUGCCAAAUCCGGUACAACGCCAAAGGUUGUCAAGCGCAUACCAAAAGGCAUGAGCGAGUACCAGGCGUCGUGGAUCGUGGAUGAGAGCGAUGAAGAAGAUGAAGGCGAUGACGAUGAAAAGGAAGACGAGGAGAUGGAGAUGACCGGCGCCGAGUCAGAGGAGGAAAUGGUUGAUAUGCAGAUGGAUGAAGAUAAUGACAUGGAAACUGAUGCUCGACGAGGCGUCACUUUUCAAGAUCUGGAUCACGAAGAGGAAUCUAAACAGUUGCAAUCUUGGAGGAACCGAGAGCGGGAGGAAGAGAAUGACCUCUCAUUUCCGGAUGAAAUCGAUACCCCUCAAGACGUGUCUGCUCAAACACGUUUCCAGAGGUUCCGCGGUAUGCGAUCCUUCCGAACGAGUCCCUGGGAUCCAUUUGAAAACCUUCCCCGGGACUACGCCCGCAUUUUUCAAUUCGAAGACUAUAAACGGACGGAAUGGAAUGUCAGACGACGUGCGGAGCAGGAGAACACAGUCGUGGAGCCGGGUACUAGGGUUACAGUUCACAUUAAUGGAGUGCCAGAGGAAGCAGCGAAGUGCUCUCCGCUCACUCUUUUCUCCCUUUUACAACACGAACACAAGGUUUCAGUGCUUAAUUUCACGGUCCAGCGGAACACCGAGUAUGAUGGAAGUGUUCGAUCCAAGGAUCCUUUGAUCCUGUGUGUGGGACCGCGGCGACUGAAUGUUAACCCUAUCUAUAGCCAACACACACGAGGUGGCGGUAAAGGUGCUAACAAGGUGCACAAAUUCGAGCGAUUCUUCCGGCAUGGUGUUACAGCGGUUGCUACCACUUAUGGACCGGUGGUGUUUGGCAAACAACCCUGUGUUCUGCUGAGAGAGACUUCGGAUCCGCAGGCUCCACACCUUGUGGCUAUGGGUACUUUCCUUAAUCCAGACACGACGCGUGUCAUUGCGAAGCGCGUCAUCCUAACGGGACACCCAUUCAAAGUUCACAAGAAGACAGCAACAGUCCGAUAUAUGUUCUUCAAUUCCGAUGAUAUCCAUUACUUCAAACCGAUACAGCUGCAUACCAAGCACGGCCGUAUAGGGCAUAUCCGGGAAUCUCUCGGAACCCAUGGUUAUUUCAAGGCUCACUUCGAUGGUCCUAUCAAUCAGAUGGACACUGUGUGUAUGUCUCUUUACAAGCGAGUUUAUCCCAAGUGGGCAACUAUGUGGAGAGAACCCGUGGUUGGCGAGGAUAAACCAUCGGAUGUUAUGGAAGAAUAAUAGUAGGAUUAAUACGCUUGUUUGUUUUUGCUUAUCCUCUGCCUCAGGUUCAUAGAUCUAUCCACCAGGCUGUCUCAGCGCCCAAAACUACUUCGUGCAUCGAUUAUAGAUUUCAAUAUGAAUAAAUCGUCGCAAUCGCGUCCUAUCUUUGUGACCAAGAAAUACAAAACUGUCAAUGAUUGAUGUAACGGCAAUAUCACUGCUGCGUAUACUGCUGCAGAUCCGCAAACAGAUUUGGUGAACGAAAAGCCGAGUAUGCGAAUCGAUAACAAUACCAGAGGCAGACAAAUGUGGCAAGUUGCAUCGGAGCUUCCUUGAGAUCUUGUGGCGAAAUUGAACACGGACUGGCGGAACAGCCGUGCAUGAUAGGC